AUGGAGGAGACGCGGCUCAAAUGGGAGUUUUUGCAGCAGGCCGGCGUGAAGCACCCCUCCCAGGGCGAGUACCCCUCAUUCCCGCCAGAGCUACUGGCAACAGUGCAGCAGCGCAAGCACGAGAUCGCAGCGGAGGUCGGCCCUGCGGAACCGCCAUCACAGCAGCAGCAGCAUCGGGAGCAGCGGCAGCACCAACAGCAGAAACAGCAGCAAGGCCCCGCAACGCCCGCGGCCGCGGCCGCGCCGGCAGCAGCGGUGGAGGAAGAAAAGGGUGACGAGGUGGGGGGCACGCGAGCUGCGAAGGGCGGCGGCCAGCUGCUGUCGGCCGGCGUGCAGACGCAGGCGCACAAUGAGCAGCAUCAGCAGCAUCAUCACCGGAAUCAACAGCACCAGCAGCAGCACAACGGGCAGCAGGAUCAGCAGCAGCAGCAGCAGCAGCAGCAGCAGCAGCAGCAGAAGCUGCCGCCCCAGCAGCAGCAGCAGCAGCGCAG